UCGUCUUUGCGGUAUCAGAGACUUAACUCGAUGCGCCGGCGCUUCAACUACCCAGAUCGUGAAUCAUUGUCCCGAAUGACGAAUGAGGACGCACAAAAGAUUGUCCACGCUGUUAGCGUUUAUGAGUUUCCCCUCCUUUAUGAUCUGGCCCUUAAAUACGCAAUUUUCAAGUCUUAUGCGAUAGAUCAAAUCGGUAAUCUCCUGUAUAGAGUCAGUGAUCUUUCCCGGCCUACGGAAGCCUCCAAGCGCUACGAUGAUACGUCGGUCUUACUCACCAGCUUUGUCACUUUUGCCCCUGGAUCAGACACUCUAGCAAACAGCAUUGCUCGGACAAACUUCAUGCAUAAUCCGUACUUACAGUCCGGCAAGAUUAAGAACGAAGAUAUGCUGUACGUCCUUUUUGACAACAUGUAUGAGCCGGUUCGCUUCAUGAAACUGUAUGAGUGGCGAGAGUUGUCAGAUAUGGAGGUAGCAGCUUUCGCUACCGUAUGGAGGUACCUUGGCGACAUGAUGGAAAUUGAUUUCAAAGCCGAGCUAGGAAAAGACGAGUGGAAAGAUGGUAUUGAAUUCUUCGACGAUAUGGUCAUCUGGGCUAAGGAUUUCCAAAUGAAACACUUGGAGCCCUCACCAAGUAUCACUAAGCUUGGUGUAACAUUGAGAGAUCUGCUCUUGUCGGCUUAUCCUGAGUUUAUGCGAGGACCUAUGAACAAAAUUCUUAUGGUUCUCAUAGGCGAGCGCCUGCGAAAUGUUUUUGGUUUCGAUGAACCCGGAAUGUUGGAGACAUCCUUUACAUACACUUUCCUUCUUGUACGAAAGUUCAUCUUACGCUAUCUAACUCUACCCCGCAUAUUCCCCGAGCAAUACAUCAGUCAACCUGACGCCGUUACGGGGCGUAUUCAACAUUAUAAGUGGCUUAAAGAUCCUUGGUAUACGCCUGCUACUUUCUGGUCUCGUUGGGGCCCCGAAGCUUGGUUCCGACGCGCAUUUGGCCUCAAGAUUGCUGGAGAUGGUGGUGAAGGAAUGAGGCCAGGCGGCUUUUUAUUCGAGGAUAUCGGGCCACGCAACAAAAUGGGUAAAGGGAUGGAGGAGACAGCUCAACUGGCAAAAAUUGCGCAGACAAGAGUGGCUGCCGGAGGGUGUCCUUUCGCACUACCAAGGAAGUCUUAAACCAAACCGCAAGAAAAUUGGAUUGUUUUGCGCUCCUUCUAGACUGAAAUCAUGGAGGGUCGAUAUCGCGACCUAACCAAUUUUUUUAACAUGUCUCCCCAUGGGGAAAAAUAACCUUAGUAUACAAUCUAUUAAAUAGAAAAAGGGCAGAAAAGAAAAGAAAAGAAGCAAUAUAUUCUAUGACUAUCACGGACUCUUCGGUAUCAGCUAAGCGCUGCACUGACAGGAAGACCACUGCGUGACAGCGAAUUUAGCCUGGCUUUUACAGCCGAGUGACAUG